AUGAGGGCCGGCUCCCUCGUGUUUGCCGCCUGUGUCGUGCUCGCGGCGGGGAUUUCGGCCGCUCCCACCGGCUUGCCGAGCACCGCCGCAGGUGUGGACUCGCUCGUCGCCGAGCCCGUCGCUCGGCAAAUCCAGCAGCACAGCGACCCCGCCGACUCGACAGCGCCGACGCCCACGACAGCAGCAGAGUCCAAUCCCAGCGACUCGACGGCCGCCGACGCGACGGACACCACAGACCCCACCGACGCUUCCACACCCUUCCCCAGCAGCACCAAGAAGCCUCCCGAGCCACAGCACCAGCGCGUGAUAUCGUACGGCAUGGCGAUCCUGGCCCUCGGCGCCGUCAUCCUCUUCUACAGCGCCAUCUGGCUCACGGCGUGGCGCAGCAAGGUGGUGCGCGCGCGCCGGAGGGGGCAAAAGCCCGAGCGGCUGCGCGAUUGGGUGCGCCGAGAGAUGUGUAUCGGCGGCGAGGGGUGCAUUAUCGGACCUCCGCGGAGACAGGCGCCAGACGAGCACGACUACGAGCUGCUGGGCAGAGAGCAGGUGGCGCCGCCGAGGGCACCGAAGGACUUGGGAUUGUGAUGCGGCGUUGUUUGGUGACACUCGUCACUUUGAACCAUCAAUCAGACAAGGGCCGAUCUACGACUCUUCGACGGGGAGGCUCGCGCUCUACAGCCAGGCGUGAGGCGCUCGCGUACGCGAGGUUGUGGUGCUCGCCUGGGCGCGGAAUGACGCCUGCUCGUGCCCGAUCCCUGCUCCGACGGAGUGUCGUGAGGUGCCGUCAACCCAUCGCCCACCUCGUGACGAUGGAUCCACUCCCACGACUCGGCCCAUAAGAGGGAUGUCCGCUUGCCCUUGCGAUCAGUCGACAUACCUUGUCGGCAGCAUCGACUACAAGGGCGCAUCUGUGGGUACAAACCCUGUGCGCCGUACGCCGCACGCCGUCCGGCGUCGCCAUGGACCCGCCACGUUAUACACGGGUUUUUAUACAUCACGAUGCAAUCUCUUGCUUGCCAUGUACCCCGCGCCUCUUAGUCACCGCUCGCACGUCCUCGCCGCCCUCUGCCAAUUGGUUCUGUGCAACUAGGGUGG